AUGCUCCUGGCAUCUGUGAAUGCAGUCUUCUUAUGCCCACCCGGGGGCGGGCAUGACUGCGUCUCAGGCGCUGAGCACAGCUUUGGUAUAAUUUUAUUCAGCUUCAGGGCCUUCACAAGGUAAAUACCCAUACGGUAAUGGUUACAUUUCAUACUUGAUAGGGAACCCAGCUCCUUUUAUUAACAAUGUGUAAAUGUAAUUGUGUUUCCUUUAAGGCCUGUCACGAUGGGAAAAACAGCGCUAACCCUAAUUGUCAAGCUCUUCACAGUUCACCUAUUCGCAAGUGGAGUUACUGAAUAUAUGAACCCAAGUUUCCUUUGUCAGAAAUGUGAUGCACAGAAGUUUUGUAAUUGCUCUGCUGCUAAAUUACUGACAGUGCCUAGUAUACCCCUGAAGGACAUGCUGGGACUCAAUCUCUCAUUAAACGAUAUUGAAGUUAUCAAGAAGACAGACUUCAAGACCUGCAUUAAACUCAAAGUACUGAGUAUUCAUUCUAUUGACAACGAGGCAUUCACUUUUCUGACGGCUCUGGUGCACUUGGAUUUGUCUUACAACCACCUGGUGAACUUGUCAGCUGGUUGGUUUGGGCAGCUUUGUGCAUUACAGCAUCUGAACCUCUUGGGUAAUGACUACCUAACUUUAGGUCAUGGGCAGCUCUUUCAAAACCUCACUAGGUUAAGAAGCUUGAAAUUUGGAAAUCCUUCCUUUCAUUCUAUAAAGAAAGAUGACUUUGUGGGAACCAAGAUACUCAAUGAGCUGGUCUUGUACGGUAAUCGACUGAAGAAUUAUGAAGCAGGUAGUUUCAAGACAACUGAACAGAUAAAUCAUGUCCUCCUUAGCCUGCACGAUCUAUUUAAGCAGGAUACAAAUCAAGCAAAAAACAUUCUAAACGAUCUCUCGAACUCCAGCAUUUACCUUAAACUGAGGGAUGUAAUAUUGGACGUGAGUGAGGAAACUGAGGUGUUCUCAGCAGUCUCUCAGAAAACCAUCAAGAAAUUAACUUUUAAGAACAUCACACUGAAUGAUAGAUCAAUGGCAAAAUUCCUUAAAGUGAUUGACAGAGCUGGAAUCUUACAUGUAGAAAUUGAAGACUGCCAGCUUUUAGGAACUGGCCGGUGGUACAACGCUAGUGAUGUACAGCUUGAUACCCUGCAUACCUUGACAAUUAAAAACAUAACCAUUAACUCCUUCUACUUGUUCAGUUCCCUUUCUUAUUUAAAGAAGCUCCUGGUCCCAUUAAAAAGACUAACUGUCAUUAACAGCAAAGUGUUCUUGAUACCUUGCCCCACUUCUAGGCACUUUAAAAAUCUGGAGUAUCUGGAUCUUAGUGGAAAUUUGCUUACUGAUAAUGCCAUGACAGAAACUGCAUGUAAUGGUGAUGGCUCAUGGCAAUCCCUUCAAGUUAUGAAUAUAGGCAAGAAUUCCCUUAAGUUGCUUGGCCCUCUCAGCCAGCUGUUCACUAAACUCAACAAGCUAGUUUCCUUAGAUCUCAGCCAGAAUGUCUUUAAAGACAUACCUGAAUUGUGUCAAUGGCCUCCUUUAAAAAAUUUAAACCUCUCUACAUUCCGCAUAAAAAAUUUAACACCAUGCAUUCCAGAGACCAUAGAAAUUCUGGAUGUAAGCAACAAUGAGCUGAAUUUCUUUACAAUUAACCUGCCUUUUCUCAAAGAGAUCUAUGUGUCUAAUAACAAGUUAAUGAGCCUACCUGAAGCACGAUUAGCUCCUAGCUUACAAGUGCUCUUUAUUGGUGGAAACAAACUGAACACCUUGUCCAAAGACAAACUGAAAGCGUUCAAGAAGCUUGAUAAUUUGGAGGCAGGUAAUAAUCGCUAUAUGUGUUCCUGUGAAUUUCUUUCAUUCAUGCAUCAGGAAGCAGAAAAUAUGGUUAGGUUGGAUGAAUGGCCUGAAAACUACGUGUGUGAUUCACCCUCUGCAUUUAGAGGAUCACUGGUUAGGGACGCAAGCCCUUCUGUCUUUGAGUGCCAAAGAACAAUAGCUAUUUCACUGCUGUGCACAAGUAUUUUUUUUAUAAUUGUCAGCACAGUCAUCCUUUGCAAGAAGCUGCAUGUCAUUUGGUAUAUACAAAUGACUUGGGCAUGGUUAAAGGCCAAAAGGAGACCAACCAACACAGACAUGAAUAUUUGCUACGACGCCUUUAUUUCUUACAGUGAGAUGGACUCUGAGUGGGUGGAGACAUAUUUGGUCCAAGAGUUAGAAAGUUCCCAACCUCCCUUCAAACUUUGCCUUCACAAACGCGACUUUCUGCCUGGAAAAUGGAUAAUAGACAACAUAAUCAACUCCAUUGAAAAAAGCCACAAGACUCUGUUUGUUCUCUCGGAGCACUUUGUUCGCAGUGAGUGGUGCAAGUAUGAACUGGAUUUUAGCCACUUUCGACUUGAUGAGAACAACGACACUGCCAUUCUGAUUCUACUGGAGCCCAUCCGGAAGGAGGACGUGCCAAACAGGUUCUGCAAGCUGCGUAAGAUAAUGAACACACAAACCUACCUUGAGUGGACCCAGGAUGAAGGACAGAGGGCAGUCUUCUGGUUCAACCUCAAAGUGGCACUUAAAAGACAGGAAUUCACUGUUGGCUAAUUUCUUAUAUAUUCAAGAAAUUUUUUUGGUUACCACAAUACAUUAGCAUGUUGUUCUCGUUAAAAUGUUUAAAAUUUAAAAUUCUUACCGAAUGUAUGCAUUUUCUGUGAAAGCAACAUAAUGUAUACUGCUUUUUAUGGAAAAUUUGGAAUAUACUAUUCUUCCAGGAAACUAGGAUCUUAUAAAUAGCAAGUUACAAAGUCAAAUAUAUGAUUUGUGUUGGUUUACGGUAGAACCAUUGCAUACUUAAGCUAUAGUGCCUGUCGAUGAGGGCUCUACAUGUGUGGUAGUUGACCGCGAUGGGAGUUGUUUUCCUAAGCCAAUGGCAAGGGCACUAGCAAAAGUCAAGGUCAACUAUCACACAGUAGGGCUCGCGAGUGGCGUAUCCCGUAAAGGCACUCUGCUCGGAGUGCAGGAAUGCGCCCUAUAGCUUGGAGAUCGCUGGUUCAAAUCCAAGCUAUGCCACUGCUGACCGUGGACGGGCGUUCCCAGGGGGUGGCACACAAUUAUCCAAGCGCUACCCGGGCGAGGUAGGGGUUAGGUUGGCUGGGGAGUCCUUGGCUUACCACACACCAGUGACCCCUGUGACUUGCCAGGUGCCUGCAGGCCAUCCUGUACACAGUUCAAAACUGCAUGGUCCUCCGACACUAAGUUCUGAUAUGGCUUCUUGGCAGGUUUGCAGAGUGAAAAAAAAACGGACGUCUGACGGCACUCGUUUGGGAGGACGCGAGUGCUGGUCCUUUUCUGUCCCGAGUUAGUUCAGGGUUUGCAGCGGUGGACAGGUUGAAUAAUAACAAAACAAAAAAUACCACACGAGAGAGCCUUCAUCGCUAUUAGAAAAUUAUUUUUCUCAUUAUUUUCUUUAAGACCUAGAUUUACCUUGAACUUGUAAUUAUUCGUCUGGUACCUUUACACUGAGAACAGUUUCAGAAAAAAUAGUCCCCAAAAUGUUCAUAAAGGAUCACAUACAUAAUUGGAGAAAAAAACAAACAGCUGUAUUAAACAAAUAACUUUAUUAAACAAUAACAUUGUACUUGUCGGAGUUGCUUAUAGUUAGGGCUUGUGAUUUUUGGUUUUAACCCCGAUACAAAAAAAAAAAAAAAAUUGGUAUAUAGCCAGUAAACACCAGAUAAACACUGGAAAUGGUUACUCAAUUCACACUGACUUCACGCCUUUCCCAUUUAAAAAAAAUACCUACUACAAAAAAACAAAAAUAAACUACCUUUCCCAGUGCAGUUGGUUAAUGUCCCUCCUUCCUGCCUUAUAACUAUAAUUGAUCCAUUCUGAAUAUUUUAAACACACCUCAGCUACUAAGUGGCAGCAAAUACCUACAUUUAUAUUCUCUGCUUGCAAGAUUUAAAAAAGAGAUUACAAUUAGAAACGGAGGCUUGUUCGUGGGAUUUAAAGCUAUAUUACAGUUAGAUAGGGAGGAUUUAAAACAGAUUUGCAAAUUGUGGUACAAUGUAAAAAAAUGCCUACACACAAAAACCCAGAAUAAUGUGCACGUAACCGUAAGGAUGUAGUUGUGGAAAACAGCAAAGGAAAGAAGGUACAACUUACAGUAAGUGUACAAGUACUGUUGAGUUACUAUACAUAUUGACAGAAACAAACAAACAAAAAAAAAAAAAAACACCCAAGCAUUUUGGAAAGUAACCAAAAACAAUAAUUUCUUACAGUAUAUAAAAAGCAAAAGCACAGAAAAAAAAAAAAAAAAGAUUUCUGGGAAUCUACAUAAAUCUCGAAAAUAGCUUAAAAAAAAACAAAAA